UGUUUGCUCAUGAAAAUAUGGGCAAAUUGGUAAAAAUAUUUGCUGGUUUGCUAAUUGUGGCUUUGGAUAUUGUGGCUGGAAUUCUUGGAUAUAAAGCAGAAGCAGCUCAAAACCAGGCAAAACAUGUGACAUUAUGGUUGUUUGAGUGUAAUAAGCCAAGUCAUGAGGCAUUUGUUUUUGGCUUAGCUGCUGCAACUUUACUUGGAGUAGCUCAUGUUCUAGUCAACCUUCUUGGAGGCUGUAGUGUUUGUAGUAAUGAUGAUAUUCGUAAAGCCACACCAAUCAAGCAAUUAUCAAUUGCUUGUCUUGUUUUCACAUGGAUCAUAUUUGCAGCAGGAUUGAGUACACUGGUGAUUGGGACAAAGGGAAACCACAAGUCAAGAACAUCAUGUGGUUAUUUACAUCAUAAUUACCUAUCCAUUGGUGGAAUUCUUUGUUUUGUUCAUGCUCUAUUUUCUGUUGCAUAUUAUGUUGCAGCUAGUCAAAAUCUAGCUUAAACUUACAAAAAAAAAAAAAAAAAGACAAAUCACAGUUGUAUAAAUUGAUUAUGAAGAUUA